GCGUUCCCUGCUGUCCAGAUUACGAUCAUAAUCAUUUGAAUUGUCAUCGCAUUAUCUCCAGCCGGGCUGUUUGCUGUCCACAAUACAGCCAGUCAGUGUCAUCUGCCUGGCCGUCCUCCUAUUCCGGUGCUCGUCGGUUGGUUGGUGCACGCUCGGUAACAAUAACAAUGGGAAACUGACUUGUUUGUACAAUAUACGACCACGCUGCUGGCUGGCAGCUGAUGGCUUUGGAUAUCAACGCCACACUUGUCCACGGCUGCAGUCAGUCGCGAUCGAAUCGGUGGAGCGGUCGGUGGCAACUCUUUCUCUCACUUUCCAAGUGGUCCAACCAGUCAAUUUAUUGGAGACAGCCGUUCUCGCGUGAUUCAGUGGGGACGAACACCUGUCCAUGCGUUCAAAUCAGUGCGGGCGCGAUCUUCAAACUUAGAGUUUCAUCCGGUCGCCGAGGCAGACACGCGUGGUUAUAUUUAUGCCGAUUUUGCAUUUAUUACUUUGAAAGGUAGUUCUAUUUAUGUUUUUUAUGGUUUUCGGUGUCAGUAGUGUAUGUUGAUUUUUGCGUUGCGAUGAAUAUUGUCAUAAACUGUUAAUUAAUUGUUUAAACGAAUUCAAGAGAAUUGCAGGUGUUGUUCGUAAGAAACUCAAAUGUGGAUUUAAAGUUGUAGUACAGAAAAGUGUAUCAUCGCAGCUUACGACACUCGUUCAAUCCUUCACCGGUAGACAAGUGUUAACAAAUAAUGCAAACAGAUAAAGUUGUCAACGACGUUUGCUCCGACUUCAUGAGGAAGAAAUAUGACUUUUAAACAACGUGCCACUAAUGGUAGGACAGCAGCAAAACAAACUUCCUCAGCGUAAAGGGCAUUUCAAAACAUUUACCUUGAAAGUUCCACUCAGUGCAACUGUUAGCAGCACAAUCACAAGUAGAGCAAUUCUCACUCCGCUAAAAUGACGCGAUUCAGUUUGGUGGUUUUGCUGAUGCUGGCUUUCCUGGAGGUUACUGUAACCGGAAAUGAUGAUCAUCAACCACCAUCAACUGUUGGUGGUUCCGGAGGUGAAAAUAAAUUUUUAAAAUACCUCUUCAACAAGUAUGGCAGUAAAGGAGUUAUUUCCUUCGAGGGCCUGGAACAUUUGAUGCAUAGUCUCGGACUGGGUGGAUUAGAUUUCACCCCUUCACAUACACUGGACGAGCAUCGUCCGGAAGGAUUCAAAACAUCGGACAUGAUGAACUCCUUAUCGAUGGAUUACAACGAGAGCGAUCCACAGCAGCCACAGCCCCAAGAGAAGGUCACCGUUUCGUUCAACAGCAUCGAUGACGAUCGAACACGGCUGUCCAAUUACGACGAUGCAUCAUCGAGCGGUACAAAGUCUACCGAUCGGAAUAGGCGCGCAGAAUCUCAUUACCACCACCAUCCUCAGGAGCCAGGCCAGGACAUUAUUAGCAGUAUGGAUCAAAUAAAGAAAUUCAACGAACUACCGCCGGUGGUGGAUCGUUCCAAUGAAAACAGCACCACCGCCAGCACUAUCGCGGGCCAUAAAGACGUAAGCUCCUCGAGUAGCGCCGAAGAUGAUAACGGCAAGUGGCACAAUGAAAUAUGGCAGGAAAUUAUCUUCAAAGAGAUUCACGAUCCACAGCAUCGUCAUCCGCGUCGAGAUGAUCGUCGCAAAGCGUGCCUAUCGCCGAUGUCCAUGGUCCAUCUGAUUUUGGAGGAGCCACAGAACGGCGAGGAAAUUCUGCGCCAGAACUUCAACUACGAUCUUGGUUCCAUCGACGGACGACAUCGUCGAUCGUUGCCGCAUGCCCAUGCUCCCACGGACCACGUACACGAGGUGGAAGAGAUAUUGGCCGCGCGCAUCAAAAUCACACCCUCCACAUUCAAAGAUCUCUGCCCAGCGCUGCUAGCUCAGAUCGAUCAAAAAGCUUGCAUCGAAAGGUAUCAGGAUCAGCCGCUGGUGGAGAAGAAACUGUUUUCGUACGCAUGGCUGUAUGCAACCGUUUGCGUGCUCAUCAUCUCGAUCUGUGGACUGGCAGGAGUUGCGAUCGUUCCUCUUGCCAAAUCAGUGGCGUACGAUGAAAUUUUGAGAUUUCUGGUAGCGCUAGCAAUUGGUACGCUCUGCGGAGAUGCCCUUAUGCAUCUGCUACCGCACGCGCUUAUUCCCCACGAGGAAAAUUCCGGUUUGGAUCACGAUCACGAUCACGGCAGUGAUCAUUCCCAUGCCAAUGAACCCGUUUGGCUUUGCUGUUGUGCUUUCCUCUGUGCGUUGCUUAUGUAUACUUUGGAAACUGUGCUACCGUUGUUGCGAUCAGAAGACGAUGCUGAUGGUCACCACGGGCACUCACAUGCCCGGUCCAAAGUGGCUCCAGUUCCGGAACCUGCACAAGUGCGGCGAAAUACCAACGUGGUGGACGAUAUCGAACUAGACCUGCAGGACACGAAAAGGAAAGAGCUGAACAGCAUGCUGGAAAAGAAACCCAAGCAGAGCAAACCGCUCACCCCGGUGGCAUUUAUGGUUAUUCUGGGGGAUGGUUUGCACAAUAUCACAGAUGGUUUGGCCAUCGGAGCAGCAUUCGCUGCUGAUCCCGUUACCGGAAUGGCCACUUCGUUUGCCAUUCUGUGCCACGAGCUGCCCCAUGAGUUGGGGGACUUUGCGUUGCUGUUGCAAACGGGAGUUAGUAUAAGACGUGCCAUGUUUCUCAACGUGGUAUCUUCAGUAUUAAGUUUCUUAGGUAUGUUGAUUGGCUUGCUGGUGACUGGCCUACACGAGUCGGUUGUACGGUGGAUCUAUGCGGGAACGGCUGGAACGUUUCUCUAUAUAGCCUUGGCAGAUCUGAUACCGGAGUUGAAUCGGGACCUCAGAGAAACGAUCCCGAGCGAUCAGCGAUGCAAAAAGCUGAGGGCAAUAUGGUCUCAGAUCUGCGGAAUUUUCUUAGGAGGCAUGAUUAUGCUGGUGAUAGCGUUGAAUGAGGAUCAUUUACGCGUGUUAUUUGAAUAAAUUAUAAAUGUUA